AUGAGUUCCACAGAAACCUUCAACCUCAAUUCCCUUGCUACUCCACAGACGAUGCAUCCCGGUCCACUCAUGGAGACCUUGAUAGCAUGUGCAAAUGUGCCCGAUGCCACCAGCUCACAGCGGCUGGCUGCACUUGCUCAGUCCAACAACCCUUGCUUCUGGGACUCCAAAAUCCGAAGUGAACAAUGGUUUGACAACAAAGGUCUGUGUUUCAGCAUCCUAUUCCCAGCGAUGCUGGUGCUCAAUGGGAAACACUCUCGCAUCGACCCAUACUUUACGCUGCCAACUUUGAGACAGCCUGAGAUCAAGGAUGUCCAUACUCAAGAAGGUGGCAAACACUUUGAUGUAUAUUUGUCACCUGACGGGCAACAUGAAGACAAGUGUGAGGUUAUUCAAUUCAUGUGGAAUGGGGGCAGCUCUGGCACUGAUCCACUGCAUUUUGUGGUGCAUACCGAGCCUCUGUUUCCGGAGGCAGCAGUGUCCAUGCAGGAGGUUGUCCCAGAGUUUUCCUUGGAGGAUUUUGAGAACACCAACGUGACAUUUACAGGAGAUGUUCUCAAGCAGCAGUUCUCAGGUAAGAAGGAGAAAGCUUCAGCCUGCAGUUUUGCAGUUGGUAAAGGCAAGUGCUGUGUCGUGUCUUGGGAGUGUAUGCUGAUGGGAGCAGAGGUUGAUGGCUGGACCAUUAAGGGGAUGCCAGAUCCACAAGGUCAUUUUAAGACCGUUGAAGGUACAACAAUUCAGAUGGGUUUCUGGACCAGGCUCAAGGCUCAGAGGAGAGGAAAUGUCAUAAAAACUGCUGAAGACUUAGACUCAUACUGGUAA